AUGCAGUUUACAUUUCAAGAGACCCGAUCUUCUAGGCCCCCUGCAGACCGCCAUAUGGCUCGCCACCGCCAAAAAGAUGAGGAGGCCGGUGGUGAAGGCCUUGGAGUGAUUGAAAGUCGCAAAAAGCUUUGGAGGGAUGCCGACGGCAAGAUCGUGAGCAAGCGACCUGCUCAAGGCGAGGCUUGCAGAGCAUCUGCGAAAAAGCAGGCGACGGAUGGAAGCUAUCCCAGUCACGCAGGCUCGACAAUCACUACUGAGGGCUGUAACCCUCAAACUAUGAUCCAUGCUGAACCAUUGUCACCACCAAAGUCGAUGCUAAGCGCCGAAUCACUGGACCAUUUCUCACAUCAGCUUCCUGAGCUCCCUGCCGACCGAGACUUCAUCGAUCAUACCGCGGGACCUGAUAUGUUUGAUUUUUUGGCCAACUCAUCCUGGGGAUCACACACUUCUACAUCUCUCGGGAUUACAGGUGAGAUGCCACUUGAUGACAUGUUCAACCCGGACACAGCGAGCUCAUUUAACAUGCCGUUUACAACAAUGAACAACUAUAACUGGCUGUUCGACCUGUCAGAUAGUACACGAAUUUCUCUGCCUGCUUCGCAGAACUACAAUACUAUGCCAGAAGUUCAAGGGUCCACGCAAGGUUCUCAAAUGGAGGCUCUCCAAUACCAACCAACAUCACAACAAGCUCCUGACCUUUUCAGAAAUGGUAACAGGGCUUUUUCUUCGAGCUCAGCGGAGGAAAUUUUCAGGCAGCCAGCACUGCAGCAGACUUCGUCCUCAUCUCCCGCAGCCGCCAUCCAAGGAACCGAAAUGUUUCAAUUCAGUUCUCCCCAAGUACAAAACUCUGGUGCAACUACCACGUCAUCCCUAGGGCCUGUUGAGCCUCACAUAUCUGGAAAUCCCACUCCAGAACUCGACUUCUCACCCCAGACAACUACAUCUCCCGACUCAAUGCAAACCCAGGCUGCCCACCCAGUCAACAUGGCAUCACAUAUUCCCAAUUCGUUGUUCAACAUACACACUCUACCACCCAGCCCACCACGUAGGUCAAUGCCUACCAUGGACGACGUUUCCCGCAAUGAAAUACUGGAUAUAUUGGUGGCGGCGAAACCUAAGACGCCCGAAGGCUCUGAAAUCUCGCGCGACCACCCACUGCUGUCACUUUCCUCCAUGCAGAACUAUCUCGAUCUCUUCUUCUCCCGCUUCAACGUUGCAUACCCACUCCUACAUCAAGCAACUUUUGACCCUUCGCAAACUGAACCUCUGCUCCUCUUGGCUGUUCUACUUCUGGGUGCCACAUACAGUGAGAAAGCCAUUCACAGGUUAGCAGUAUGCAUUCACGACGUCCUCCGAGCGCAAAUAUUUCAACACUCGGCUUUCUCAUCGACUCCAGAAUUGUGGAUGCUCCAGACAAUCCUGCUCGUCGAGUGUUUUGGAAAGUCAAGAGCGGGCCAGAAGCAGCAUGAUAUGGCACAUCUCUUCCACGGACUAUUGAUCAAUUUGAUCCGGAGAAGUGAUUGCCAAAGUGUACGCCAGCCUAAUUUUGGCGAAGGCUCAGGCGAUCUCGAAUCCGACUGGCGCCGAGCCAUAGAUGUCGAGCUCCGCAAGAGAUUGGCAUUCCUCUGCUUCCUCUGGGACACACAACAUGCCGUCCUCUUUUCGCAGUCACUAUGCAUGUCAUCAUUCGAACUGCGCACCACGCUGCCAUGCAACCAGACAACAUGGGAAGCCAGCUCGGCCGAAGAAUGGUGGAAAUACGCUCGAAAGGAGCCACAGAUUUCCUACCUCUCGGUCCUCAAGGCCUACAUGAACCCGGACCUGGGCAUACAAAUCCCCCAGCUCAACGCCCUCUCCCGCUUGCUUGUCCUGCACGGGUUGAUGUCAGUACAAUGGGACAUGAAGCGAAGAGAUCAGACUUCUCUCGGCAUGGAUAAACUAAACGGUUCCUCAUCCUCGUCGGACCAACCAAAAUGGCAAGACCGGCUCUCUCAAUCCUACGACGCCUGGAAAGCCGAUUUCGACACGUACUGCAUGAAUAUGACGCUCUCGCUAGGCGACAACACGACGCGCAAAGCCGAGUUCACGCGCUUCAGCACUGCGACCGUCGCCAUCUACCACGCGGCGCACAUCACGCUGAACGUCGAGAUUCUGGAUCUACAAAUCUACGCGGGCGCGCGGCACAUCAUUGGCCGGCCCGUGACGCGCGCAGACUACGACCGGUCGCGACGCAUCAUCAAGGAGUGGGCGAAGCCAGGCGGCUCGACGCCCGCGGCGAAGGCGGCAUGGCACGCGGCGCACCUGCUUCGCGACGGCAUCAUGAACCUGGACAACUGGGACGUCAACAACGCCUUCCACUACCCUUGGUGUCUGUACCUGUCCACGCUGACGUGUUGGGCGUUUCACUUUGCCAACACGACUGAUAAAUCGGGACAGCAAAAUGGUGGUGGUGGUGGUGGUGGCGAGAGCGGCAGAGACAGGAACCAACACCAACACCACCACAACUACGCGUCAUUAACAACAACGACACCAACCCCGUCAAAGGACUCGCACCUGGACAAUAUCGCCGACGACGGCAUUGUGUGGCACGCCAAGGCCGAGAUGAACGCCCUCGUCAGUAGCAUGGCGAGCGUCAUGCCCGAGCACCUCUGGCGGGCGCUGGGCAAGUACUCGACCUCCGGGUUGACGGCCGUCAUGGCGAAACACUUGAGUAACAUCCGCUGGGCGGUUGUGCACGAGGGAAUGAAGGUGCUCAGAGGACUUGUUCCUGAACGAUCGAUAAACGAGUACGAGACGUUCCUGAGAUGA